GAAGACAAUUCAAUGCACACCAAGUUUUACGAAGAAGUCAAGGACAUAUGAAGAUGCAAUAUCUUUAUAAGUUUUAUCUUGUUACCAUCUAUCUUCUUAUUAAUUAAAAUUAAUUAUUCCAAUCACUCAUACAGUGAGAAAUAUGGCCCCUCAAUUUUCAACGCAAGAUGAAGAAAACGCGAUGUCUCGUGAACCAUUUUUAAAGGCCUCUAUGCAGGAAGAUUCAUCGAAGAAUGCAGAAAAUCUCUUACGUCCCACUCGACAAUAUUUUCUAGGGCUACUAGGGGUGACUUUAUUGAUUGCUGUCACGAUUCUUUUAUCACAACUAUUCCUCCGAAAUCGCGAAGCUGCCUAUUUAUUGCAUUGUGGACACUCAGUUGAAGAAGCAAGAGCUUUGGGUUGCGAAUUUGAUAUAUUAUCCUACACAUGGACACCGAAGGAAUGCUACGAUAAGGAAACUGCAGAUGAAUUCCGGCAAUGGCUCACGAGACCAGAGAGAUUCCCAAGACCAUGGCCAUUCUUUGCCGAUAAAAACCGAACUGAAUGGAUUCCAAGCGAGGAAGCACUGUCCAAGAGAGCCCAUAUGAUGACGUAUGCUCCUCAGGAAGAACAUAUUGGCCAUUGUAUUUUCAUGAUGAGAAGGUUGCAUAGAAUCAAUGAUGGUAGCGCCAAAAUGAACUCACGAUUUGGAAAAUAUUCUCACACAGAGCAUUGCACGAAUGAGACUUUGGAUGCAGUCUCAUCACGGAUAAUUAGAGAUGAAGAUGCAAACCUCGGACCCAAGAAUGUUUUGAUCCACAUAUCAGCGGUGGGAGAAUCGAGCUUUGUAGUUAAGUAUAUGUGUAUGUGUGUGUUUGUGUGUUUCUAUUUAACGGCCGUGGUUCGUGACUCGCACGUUUCCCACCGAUUCCUAUUGGGACAUAGGCCGCCGAGGGAGACUCUUUGGCGCAUUUCCGUAGCUGCCGUGGUCUUACAAGAAGGUCCACUUCUGAGUGGGCUUUAG